AUGUGCUCAUACCAACCAACCUAUUCGAGCUGGGCCUGCGGUCAUUCCAAUUUUGUUUACGACAAAAAGCUUACAUCAUGCUCUGCAGCGGGUACUAAGAAGUGUGUCCCUUUGUACUAUGCCGAUCUCUACGUGAGCCAGGCCCAGCUCUGCUCCAGCUGCACUGGCUCAAGGUAG